UGGCAACGCAUUUAAAAUUUUCAGAUCUAUUUUCAGCAAGAUCCAUCUUUUAGCAUUUGCCCAAUCCAUUUCUAGAUAGCUUCGUUUUAACCUUUUGGAAACUUACAUAUCGCCAGAAAUUUAUCCCCUUCCCUGUAAUAUUUUAUUCGCAUUACCUUUUCGUGGAGCUUAAUCAUAAGCCACAGUUAUUUAUAAGAGUCAAAAAGCCGACUUUUUUUUUUCGCAUCAUUUGAAGGAGAGUUCUUUCAGGGAUACUCGAAUACCAGUCGAUCCAAGAGUCACCAUGUUCAAGCACUCGCCACGUAGGAACAACAGAAACAAAGGGAUAAAAGUUAAGCACGUGCUCCAAAUAGGCCUCCUUCUUGGAAUUUGCUUCUGGCUGCUUUACCAAGUCCAGCAAUCACACAACAAAAAGGGGGACAACCCGAAAAUCUCGACAAAGCUAGAAAACGAGCCUAACGGCAUAAAGCUCGGGAGAAAGGAUCUCAAUCCCAAGACUGAAAUCAAUGAGGAGGAUGAGAAGGAGAAAGAGGUGGAGCAAAAUGUGCAUUUUGAUGGUGAGAGAGAAAAUGCAGUGAGAGAAGAUGAAGGGAGUAAUGCGGCGAAUGAGGAGAGGACAGGUGGCGAGGAGAAGGAAAGUAAUGAAGGGAGUAAGGAAGAGGAAGGUGGAGAGAGAGUCAAGGAGAUUAGUGAAAAUGGAGAUGAUGCGAAUAAUGAAGGGGAUAGUUCUGAGAGUAAAAUUGAGGAGACAACGGGAGAGAACGAGAUUACAGAAAACAAUAGUGAAGAAGUUGCGGGAGAAAAUGAGGGAACAGAGAGCAAGAGUGAAGAGAUUACAGAGAGCAAGAAUGAAGAAGAAAAUGUGGGGGCUGAGAAUAGUAAUGGAGAAACUGGGGAAAACAAGGAAGAAGUUAUAGAGAACAAGAAUGAGGAAAUUACGGGAGAAACUGUGGGAAAUGAGAGCAAGAAUGAAGAAAUUGGGGAGAACAAGAAUGAAGCUGCUGCUACUGGAGAAAAUGUGGGGGAAGAGAACAAGAAUGAAGAAAUUGCAGAGAACAAAAAUGGAGAAAGUGACAGCAAGCAGAACAACAACGAGGAAAUGGCAGAAAAUAAGAAUGAAGAAAGAAAAGGAGACGGUGAGAACACGGAGACCAAGAAUGAGGAAAUUAAAGGAGGGAGUGAUAAUAUGGAGAACAGUAGCGAGGAAAAUAGAGGAGAGAAGGAGAGCAAAGAAAACAAAGGUGAUGCUGCAGGAGAGAAUGAGAAUAAAACUUCAGAGAAAACGGAAGAAAAUGGGAAGGAAGAGGACGAAAAUAAAGAAAACUCCAAGGACCACGAGAAUAAAGAGAACCAGAGUGAAGCUUCACAGCCGAACCUUACAGAAGGCGAGAGAGAGAAAAACAAUGGCCAAGAAGAGAGCAAAGAAGGUGACAAAACCGCUCACGAGGAGAACAACCAUGUUGAGAAGCAGAAAGACAGUGAUGAUCAAAUUAGAAAUGAACAAACUAACGAGGGCACCAAGGAAGAGAAUGGUUCGGGUCAAAGUGUAGCCAAUGGCCAAGAAGAGUCUAAUGAUAACAGCAUCCAUAAUUCAGAGUCGACCAAUGAGAACGAGCACAAUCAUGAUUCUUCAGAUGAACCAAAUGGAGGUAAUGGCGAUUCCAGCCAAAGCCAAAACGAAAAAUCUGGAGAAGAUGAAAAGGAGAAGACUGAGAAAUCCGGUAGCAGUGAUGAGAACGUGGAAGGAAGUUCGACUCCAACGACGAGUGAGAAUGUUGAGAACAAUCCGGAAACUUCAACUGAGAAAACAACCUCGUUUACAGACAGUAAUGGCAGUGAUGAUGUGAGCGGAACUCAGGCGGAAGUUUCUUCUUCCGAACAUGAACAGGUAGACUCAUCCACCUCACUUCUUCCUCAAGAAGAGACGAAUGCCCGUACAGACUUGGAUACUCUUCCAGAAGUGGGAAAUGAUGCUAACAGCCAUGAGGCAACUGCCUAG